AUGGAUAGAGGUGGGGAGGAGAGGGACGCCCUCAGGAGAUCUGACAUCAUCCACAAGAAGAACGCUGAGCUGGACCAGCGCAGCCUGCUGGAGCAGGAGCAGGAGCUGAGCAGGUACCUGCAGGUGGCCUUCCUGCACUACCUACGCUGUCUGGCCCUCAGCACUCCCUCUGACCUGCCUGCCUACAAGAUGCUUGCCCUCUGGCUCCAGAACUGCCAUCAGGAGGCCCUCAGCAAUAUGGUAGCGCAGGAGUGGCCACGCAUCAAGUGUCACCAGAUGGUGCCGCUACUGCAGCAGAUGGUCGCUAGGAUGUCAACCUCAAACUCUGCCUUCACACGCGCCCUCGACACCAUACUAGGUGAGCCAUGGCAUCUUAGGUUAGCCAUGGCAUCUUAG